AUGGCCUCUCGCUUUGUCGAAAACCUCGAAGAGGUCCCGAUCAGUCACCCCCACCUCAACGUCUCACUGGACGACAUCCUCGCAGAAGAGAGCCGCAAGAGGUCCUCUUCUCAGUCGUCCGCUAGCUCAGACCCUCGCCGGUCAGGCAGCAGCUCUACACCGAGUCCUACAUCACCCACUGCCACCGAAAGCAAGCUCAAGCGCGCCUUCACUCUGGGCAGCAAGAAGGGUCGCCGAACCUCAUGA